AUGGACGAGGGCACCGAGCUCGUGGAGGCGUAUGACUACCUCUUCAAAUUCGUCAUCAUUGGCGAAUCCGGCACCGGCAAGAGCUGCCUUCUCUACCAAUGUAUCCACGAGAUGUUCAAGGAGAACGCGGCACACACCAUCGGCGUCGAGUUCUCAAGCCGCACCAUCCGCAUAGGCGACCGGAGCGUCAAGCUGCAGCUAUGGGACACUGCGGGGCAGGAACGCUUCCGCUCCGUCACGCGGUCGUACUAUCGCGGCGCGGCGGGCGCCAUCCUCGUAUACGACAUUACGAGCCGCGCGUCAUUUGCCAACCUCGACCGGUGGGUGCAGGAUGCACGGGCACUCGCGAGUCAGCACCUCGUACUUGUGCUUGUGGGAAAUAAGCUCGAUCGCGAGGACGACCGGGAAGUCGAGUAUGCUGAGGGCGAACGGUGGGCGCAGGAGAAUGGCGUCCUCUUCGUCGAAACAUCCUCGUUGACAGGCGAGAACGUGAGCAUGCCGUUCCUCCUCGCCGCACGCGCCAUCCUCGAAGGCAUCGACGCAGGUACAAUCGACCCCGACGUCGCCGGCAGCGGCGUGUCGUACGGUGAGCGCCAACUGCGCGCCGUAUCCUCGAGCGGGCGAUUGAACGGCAUGCCAUGGCGCCGGCGGCGACGGGACAGCAUCUCGAUCCGUGAGAUGGUUGGCAACGGGUCGCGGUGUAAUUGCUGA